GCCACUGUUUCUAAAGUUCAAAGGUUACCAGUUUUCACGUGGAGGCGGGUUUCACAAUCACAGAGAAUUCCCUCAGCAUCCCAUAACUUGCUGCCCACGAUGGUGUGGAGGAGGCUGUACAGCCGGCUGAGAUGUUCACAGAAGCUUCUCAGACUUUCAAGUCUACAACUCAGGACCUACAGCAGUGAUGGGGCAGCAGGGAGCAUCACAAGCAGGAAGGGAAACAACAUAAUCCUGAUGGGCAGUCCAGGUGCAGGGAAGACCACGGUGGGGAGGAUUCUGGCCGGAAUGCUGGACAAACCUGUGGUGGACAUCGACAACGAUCAUCUGGAGUCAUACUGGGGCAUGCCAGUUGCAGAACAGCUGUCCAGACUAGGCCCUGAUCAUUUUCUACAGGCAGAGGGAGAGGCUGUGCUGAACUUUACAGCUGAGGACUGCGUCAUCUCUCUGUCUGGGUCUAACCCCAUGCACCAGAGAGCCAUGGAACACAUUAGUACACUGGGCACAGUGGUGUUCCUUGACGUGCCCAGCUCAGACAUCCUGCACAGACUAGAGGUGAUGAAGGUCAACCGCAUCGUGGGACAGGGACCCGACACAGACAUGGCAGACAUACUCAGGUAUCGCCAACAGUUCUAUGAGGGGCGGUAUGACAUCCGUGUUCUCUGUGGCAACAACGAAAGUGCAGAAGACAUCGCGAGAAAAGUCCAGGAGGUGUUGACCUGGCAAGAGAACAGCAACAAGUACAUCUCCACAAGACAGUCAGGCAAGGAAGUCAAGGGAGGUGGUAGUAGAACGUUCUCAGAAGUCGUCUUGGAGGGUCUGGCCCCAGAUGGAGGAUUGUAUGUCCCUAAACAGGGGUUACGAAGGUUACAGGACAGUGAGUGGGAGAGACUGGUGCAGUGUAGCUACCAGGAGAGGGCACUCAGGAUACUGGAACAGUGCAUCCCUCAUACGGAGGUCCAUCCCUCGGUACUUAACACCAUGGUGCAGACAGCUUAUGCACAGGACAGUGUGUCUGUCAACAGAUUUGGCAGUGACAAUGUAGUCCCCCUGGUACAGUUAGACAACAACCAGCACGUCAUGGAGCUCUUCCAUGGGCCCACCGCUUCCUUCAAGGACCUGGCGCUCCAGCUGAUGCCCCAGUUCUACGCAGAGUUCUCCCGGAGACGGAGCGAUGGUUGCGACCGGCACAGGUCGCUCAUCCUGGUGGCGACGUCGGGAGACACGGGCAGCGCCGUGCUGGAUGGGUUCAGCAGGCUCCCGGAACCCCUGCAGCAGUAUGUAGCGGUGAUGGUGCUGUACCCUGAGGAUGGCAUCAGUCCCAUACAGAAGGCACAGAUGACCACCAAUGAGGCUGACAAUGUCCAUGUAGUUGGUGUGCAGUCUGAUUUUGACUUCUGUCAAUCAACCGUCAAGAGCAUCUUCAAACAGCUGAGUGGUUCCUCUGAGUCAUCAUCCGGACCGUACCACUCACAGUACGGGGUCCACCUGAGUGCAGCCAACUCCAUCAACUGGGGAAGGCUACUGCCACAAGUCGUGUACCACGCAUCGGCAUACUUAGAUCUGGUUAGACAAGGUACCAUCUCCAUGGGUCAGGAGGUGGACCUCUGUAUCCCUACAGGCAACUUUGGAAACAUCCUGGGUGCUGUUUAUGCAAAGAGGAUGGGCAUCCCCUUCAAGCGGUUCGUCUGUGCCUCCAACCAGAACAACAUCCUCACCGACUUCCUAACCACGGGAUGUUAUGACCUCCGCCAUCGCAGGCUGCACAGAACCAUGUCUCCGUCCAUCGACAUCCUCGUGUCUUCUAACCUGGAGAGAUUUCUGCAUCUGUUGACCAGUGAUGGAGAUCUGAUAGCCGACAUGUUUCACCAGCUCGAGAACCAGAAACUUUUCAAAGUGCCAAAUCAGAUACUGAGUCAGCUGCAGGAAGACUUCAGUGCAGGCUGGUGCCAUGAGGAGGACUGUGCCAGAACUAUUCAAACAAUAUUUCAGUCCAACGGGUACUUGUUGGAUCCACACACGUCAGUGGCUAAGACGGUUGCAGACCGUCUGUUGGGGAGAGAUUGCCCGAUGCUUCUGGCCUCCACGGCUCACUACUGCAAGUUUGCCCCAGAUGUCCUCACUGCACUGGGGACAAGUCUGCCCACAAACAGCCCUGUGGCACUCUUUCAGGCCCUUCAAGCUUUAAAUCCACGUCUGUUUUUGCACAGCCAACUUAGCAAGGACAUAGGGAGGCCGAGAAAGCACAAGACUGUUCUAGAGGCUGACCGUAGGCAGGUUAUUAAAGAGAUGGAAGGGUUUAUGAAAAGAUACUUUGAGAAGUAAUGGUGGCCAGGUGGUAAGUUGGAGAUAGAGGCAAUUGGCCUGGUUUAAACAUUGCGUUUUCCGAGUUGACUUGGACUAGUACUCGAGCUCCAGUUGAAGUUCUCUUGGAGUACGACACAGUAGAGUCUGUGUAAACAGAAAUUUAGCCUGCUCCUGGACCCGA